AUGUCGAGCGCCGAAAUCAACCAAGUGCUCGCCAACUCGCUGUCGCCUGAUGCGACACUGCGAAGUGCGGCCGAGCAGCAGCUCACUCAAGCUGCCGAGAGCAACUUUCCUCUCUACCUCGCGACCCUCGUCCAGGAACUCGCCAACGAACAGGCACAAGGCUCCAUCCGAGCUGCCGCCGGUAUCGCUCUCAAGAACGCCUUCACAACCAGAGAUUUUGCCCGCCACCAGGAGCUCCAGGCCAAGUGGCUCCAGCAAACAGACGAUGACACCAAGAACCGCGUCAAGGAGCUGACCCUCCAGACCCUCGCCUCCUCCAACGCGCAGGCUGGCAACGCUGCCGCCCAGGUCAUUUCUUCCAUCGCCGCCAUCGAGCUGCCCCGAAACCAAUGGGCCGAGCUUAUGCCCGCUCUCGUCAAGAACAUUAGCGAAGGUGCUGACCACCAAAAACAAGCAUCCCUGACAACCAUCGGUUACAUUUGCGAGAGCCAAGAUCAAGACCUCCGUCUCUCCCUCGGCCAGCACUCCAAUGCCAUCCUCACCGCCGUCGUGCAGGGUGCUCGCAAGGAGGAGACCAACCAAGAAGUCCGACUCGCCGCCAUCACCGCCCUGAGCGACUCCCUCGAAUUCGUUCACAACAACUUCAAGCAUGAAGGCGAGCGAAACUACAUCAUGCAGGUUGUCUGCGAGGCCACCCAGGCCUCCGACGCCCGCAUCCAGCAGGGCGCCUUUGGCUGUCUCAACAGAAUCAUGGCCCUCUACUACGAGAACAUGCGUUUCUACAUGGAAAAGGCUCUCUUCGGUCUCACCAUCCUCGGCAUGAAGUCUGAGGAUGAAGACGUCGCCAAGCUGGCUGUCGAAUUCUGGAGCACCGUCUGCGAAGAGGAGAUUUCCAUCGAGGAUGACAACGCCCAGGUCGAGAGCUCCGAGCAGGCCCGCCCCUUCUACAACUUUGCCCGUGUUGCCGCCCCCGAGGUCAUCCCCGUUCUCCUGCAACUCCUGACCAAGCAAGACGAAGACGCCACCGACGACGAAUACAACGUGUCCAGAGCCGCCUACCAGUGUCUGCAACUCUACUCUCAGGCCGUCGGUGCUACCAUCAUCGCCCCGGUUCUGCAGUUUGUCGAGACCAAUCUCCGUGCUGAAGACUGGCACCACCGUGAUGCUGCCGUUUCGGCCUUUGGUGCCAUUAUGGAGGGACCCGACGAGAAGGUCCUUGACCCCAUCGUCAAGCAGGCCCUGCCUAUCCUCAUCUCAAUGAUGGAGGACCCGUCCCUCCAGGUCCGAGACUCCACCGCCUAUGCUCUAGGCCGUGUUACCGAAGCUUGUUCGGAGGCUAUUGACCCCCAGAACCACCUUCCCACACUCAUCGAGUCUCUGUUCAAGGGUCUCCUCAGCAACGCCAAGAUGGCUCCCUCUUGCUGCUGGGCUCUCAUGAACUUGGCCGAACGUUUCGCCGGCGACUUUGGUGUCUCUGCCAACCCCAUUACUCCUCACUUCAACAACGCCGUCAGCUCGCUUCUCGACCUCACCGCCCGCCAAGAUGCCGACACCGCCGUUCGCAGUGCCGCUUACGAAGUCCUCAACGUUUUUGUCCAGAACUCUGCCACUGAGAGCAUGCAAUCCGUCGCUUCGCUCUCUGACGUCAUCAUUAAGCGCCUGGAGGAGACUGUUCCCCUGCAGCAGCAGGUCGUUAGUGUCGAAGACAAGAUUACUCUGGAGGAAAUGCAAAACAGUCUCUGCACUGUUCUGCAAGCCAUUGUCGCCCGCUUGGAGAGAGAGAUUGCUCCCCUCGGUGACCGCAUCAUGCAGGUUCUUCUUCAGAUCCUCAGCACCGUCGGUGGCAAGUCGAGCGUCCCCGAGGCCGUCUUUGCUGUCAUCAGCGCUCUCUCCACCGCCAUCGAGGAGGACUUUGUCAAGUAUAUGGAGGCCUUUGCUCCCUUCCUUUACAACGCUCUUGGCAACCAAGAAGAGGCUAGUCUCUGCUCCAUGGCUAUUGGCCUGGUCAGCGACAUUACCCGAUCCCUGGGCGAGCAGAGCCAACCGUUCUGCGACAACUUUAUGAACUACCUUCUCAACAACCUGAGAAGCCCAACUCUUGGCAACCAGUUCAAACCCGCUAUUCUCCAGUGCUUUGGCGAUAUUGCUGCUGCCAUUACGGGCCACUUCGAGACCUAUCUCUCCGUGGUUGCUCAGGUUCUCGAGCAGGCCGCCACCGUUACGGCUACUCCUGAGGGUCCCUACGAGAUGUUCGACUAUGUCAUUUCGCUCCGUGAGGGUAUCACAGAUGCCUGGGGCGGCAUCAUUGGUGCCAUGAAGUCCAGCAACAAGACCCAAGCCCUGCAGCAAUAUGUGCCCACCAUCUUCCAGCUCCUCGGUGUGAUUGCUAGUGACUCCACGAAGAGCGAAGGUCUGCUGCGCUCGUGCAUGGGCGUCAUUGGUGAUCUUGCCGAUGCCUACCCCAAUGGCGAGCUGGUCGACGCUUUCCGUCAGAACUGGGUAACCACUAUGAUCAAGGAAACCAAGAGCAACCGCGACUUCUCUCCUCGCACCAUCGAGACUGCUCGCUGGGCUCGUGAGCAAGUCAAGCGCCAGCUUGCCGGUGGUCAGAAUGCCAUGUCCUCUUAG